AUGUCAAGGAUUGCUUGCGCCUGGGCGGAGUUAGGCGAGGACGCUGCAGACGCCAAUCAGUGGUACGAGGGUACGCAUAUACCCGCUGCUCUCGCAAAGAUCAAAUCCACAGCCCGACAUGCAGAGCAAGUGGAAGACAAUGCGUUCAAAGAGAUCGCUGGGAUCGAUGGCAGACUCAUGACCAUCUACGAGCUACCCAAACAACCAAGUGCGCCAGAGUUGGAUACGCAGAUAUCCCCAGCAUUGGACAAACUUCCAAAAGAGGCGCGGAUAGAGACGCGGUUUUACAAAGAGUAUGCCAACUGGUAUGGAGAAGAAUGGCGUGGCGAUCCCCGCGAUAUCCAAAUGUGGAUCGUAGUUCUAUGGCAGCCCGCCCCAGAAGUUCACGACGAAUUCGUCCAGUGGUUUAGAGAUGAGUUUGCCCCCGGCAUGGUCGAGAGUCCUGAACUACUUCGCGCACGCAUCUUCAAGCUCGAGCACGCAUCCAAGAUCCAAGACCAGAAGCACGAACAAGUGGAUAAAGCAUCAGUGCACCAAUACAUGACGUUCUGGGAGUUUGGCAGCGAGGAACUGCCAUGGGAGAUCUUAAUAUACCUAGGGUCCUCAGAAAGGUGGAGAUACUACGUUGAGGGCGGACAUCUGAAGUGGCAAGUAGGACAAUUUCUGGUAAAUAACAUAUAUCCUGACAUCGAGGACGCGGACUCUCCUGCCGUCAUGGGGGCAAAGAUCAUUGUAACCCCGGUCGCACAGGAGUCAUGA